AGGGCCGUAUUUUGCUUCCUUCACCAUAAAGAAUCUUCGCACACAAGCAAUCUUCAUUCAGACAAGUUUCCAGCCAUCGGGACAAUUCCUUCGACUAGACCCAGGCAAAGUUAUGUCGCGCAAUUUGGAAGUAAGAAGAGCUGAUGCCUUAAUAUUUAUGGCUUACGACGCAAUAUCAUUACAACGUGUCACACUGAAUGGUAAAAAUGAGAUUAGGCUCAUUCGGAUUCCAACGACUAAACGAAAAACAGCAACUGUGUUAUCCGUGCCUUAUAAUGGUUAGUAUUUUUUAAUGCCUUGACCAGAUUGAUUUUUCCACAACAGUAGGUAUCCAUAAACACCCAAAUACAUUAACCUCGCAUCAGCAUAUAAUUUAAAUUAAAUUAAAACAAUUUGUAAUUUAUGAUAUUUCAAAUUCUCACGCAUGAUUACACAUUGACUAUUUAUUCAGAAAGUUUUUUUUCGGUUUUCAGUGGUUAAUUUCAUAUUUUCAUGCAAUUUAAAAUAAUUCUGAAUUAUGCUUGAUCUGACAAUAUGUAAUAUAAUAUGAUAUCAGAAAUUCAUUUGAUCGAUAUACUUCAACAAAUUGACGAAGUUGAAAAUAAUUCCAUAUUAAAAUCGUAGUUCAUUAUAAAAGUUACUGUAAAUUCUACCUCACCCAACUAUGUAAGGCUAAUUGGCAACAGAUUCCUAAAAAAAUUACGAUUUGGUUUUGCGACAUAUGUUCAUGUCCGUCAAGAGCAAGAGACGGACAUAUUCGCGGUUUGCUUGGAAAAUGGCCAAUGGCCACUGUUAUAUUGAACACUGCCGUCAUAAUUUUUCAGCAUUUCAAAAAUCUAUCAUUCACAAAUCAAACUGACCGAAAUAUUUUGAAAAUAUAUGAAAGUCAUAAACAUCUUGGUGAACAAAAUUCACAAGUGAACAUAAGAAAUGGAUUGAUGCGGUAUUGUUUAUUUUUUUAGGUUGUCCACUACCCAACGGUCGUUUAUUGAAGGUUGGCGAACAGUAUACAAAUUAUCAAUGUACAAGACUAUGUACAUGUAAUGAAGAAGGCUUGGUUCCCUGCAUAGAAUUGUGUCCUACUCGUCCAAUCAGUGUAUGUAAUGCUCCACUGGUCCGAAAGAAAAUACUCGUUCCCACAGACCCCCCUGAUAGUAAAUGUACCUGUCAACAAGUGAUUUGCGUUAAAGCAGGUAUGUACUCUAUAUCAUACGCUCUUGAAAACAAUUCUACAAUUCCCUAUGUCGUGUAAAACGUUUUAAAUUGUUCGAACGUUUGGCAACGUUGCUUGUCGUAUAAUGAGAACACAAAAUAAACCUGUUUGAAAUAUUAUGGAAUAUCAUUCAUUGUUUUCAAAAUAUUUAAUGCAAGUGUUCGGGCUAUAUUCUAUUAUAUAAAAGACGAAUUGGUAGACCUCCACGUUUCUAGCUGUAGGGAAAGUAUUUUCAAAAAACAAACAUAUUUGACUAUAUGAAAUUCUUACCAUAGGCGUAUGAGAGGAAAGAAUUAGGGGUCGGUCAAAAAUAUGCCCGACCAUUUGAAAUUGCAAAAAAAAUUUCGACCCGAAAACCUUUCCAAAAAUUCCUGUCAAUGGGGGAACGGGCGGUGCAAAAUUGCCCGAAACAUACACUAAAGGCUUCCACGUACAGAAAAUUUUCCGAAAAUAUGAUUGUUAAAAGUUGAAAAUAUUCAAAAACAACGGAAAAUUUGUGUCGGCCAAUCACAGUGGAAAUGGGCCUUAAGACAUUUUGGAAACGAAGCAUAUUUUAAAGCGCCCCGCUCUUCCCUUCUAUCAUUUAGCCGAUUUUUUUAAGUACAGUUGCCCAAGUACAAAUCGCCCGACAAAAAAAUAUUGGGGGAGCUACAGUCCCACUCCCCAGCCUCCCCCCCGUCCUCACCUCGUAUGCAUAUGGUCAACAAUACUUCCAGUUUAAUCUUAUCCAACACCGCAGCAUUUCGUUCUCCUAUACUAUUGAAAGCAAAUCAUCGACGGAACGUUCUGUGUUAUUAUUAUUAGAAACAACGACAGAUACAUCUGAAACAAUCAUUCCUCUUGGUGCAAGUAAGUAGAACUCUAUAAACCUCUAUUUCAUCACUUUACUCUCCUUAGGAGGAAUGGCAAAUCAUUAAUCUAACCUGUACUAGAAUUAAUAAUAUGAUCCAUCUAAGAAUAUUGUGGUAGAUUUUUUGUUAUCUACAAAUUGACAACUUGCAUGUUAGACUAAAUUUUAAUCUAAGUAAAGAGAAGGAAAUCAAAGAGCACAGCUAAAAAGAACAUAAUGGAAUUAGUAAAAUUGCAAAAUUUGGUGCGAAAUGUUGUAAAACUUGGAAAAUAUAUAUAGCCUUGCAAAGUUUGCAAAUUUUGUAUAUGUUUGUAUUACGUACGGAAAUUGUUACCAUUUUCGGCUCAAAAAUGGUAACAAUUUCCGCACGUAAAACAAACAUAUACAAAAUAUGCAAACUUCGCAAGGCUAUAUUUUCCAUAUUUUACAACAUUUCGUAACCAAAUUUUGUAAUUUUAAUAAGUUCUUUACGGGAAUUUACUUUUUUGCCUAGAUCAAACAUUAGUCUACAGGUAUAUGUACCCCCAAAACCAAGGUACCCCAAAAACCACAAGCUUCAUUUUCAGUCAUUAAGUAGAAGUUAACAUGGCGGUUGACUAAUGAUGUACCAUUUUGGUAUACCUAUGCACGCGUAAGCUUUUGAAAUUUUUUUUCUGGCGAGAGAAACGCUUGGAAGAAUUUCUUUCGCACUAGUUACCAAAAUCUGUUACCUGAAAAUUAAAAAACGGGCCCAUUGGUAACUUGUAUAAUCUGAAACUUUAAGCCGACUAAGUUUGCGAAAUAUGAUUGUUACUCAAAGCAUUUGGUGUUUAGUCGAAAAACCUUGAAUAGUGUUAUAAUAACAUUAUAUUUCAAACAAAGUUACAUGAGUUUUUUGCGCAUGUGGGUUUUGGGGUACAUAGAGUUAAAAACACGCAAUUUCACCAGGUCACAUAUUUUACAAUAAUUACAAGCAAUAAAUGAGAACUGUCAGGAAGAACUCACUUUAAAUUUAGUAUAUUUUAAAAGAAUUAUAGCGAUGUGCUUUAUGUGUGGUUUUUGGGUACAAUACCUGUAACACGCAAGUUAUUAUUAUUAUAGACCAAUUGCGAAACUUAGUGACCGCGCCUUAAACUGCACGAAAACGAAGCUUAUUAUGCAAAAAAAACAAAUCAUUCUGCUAUAUUUUUAUAAUGCGAAAAAUGAAUUUCAGUGUUUGAGACGCGUUUUUAUGGUAAUCUCUUCAUUUUUUUUCAAUAUUUCUGUUUUGACUAUGUAAAUCUUUAUUAAACUUGUUCAUAGAUUUAGUCUUACUUCAAAUUUCAUUGUUUUUGGCGUCGUGCGAGGCAAAGUUUUGCUGUUUUUCGCCGUCCGAUAAAAGAAGCAGAUUAUACCAGAGAAAGAAUCAUGUAUUUUCCGUCUGUUUUAUUAAUACAUUUCAAAGAAUAAGUUGUAACAUUGAUUAAUUUUGUUUCAGUUGUAAUAUAAUAGCAAGUUUUCGAUUUUAACUUUGAAAAUAUGAAAGUAAAUGUCUGGCAAAAUUUGUAGAAAUUUGAUGUUAUUAUCCUUUGACAAAAUCGGUUUUUUUCUCGCACAAUGUCUGAAAACAUCUGGGUAGAAAGAGUUAUAUUUUAGUUUGUUAAGUUAUACUGGCUAUUUUAUUGCAUCGUGAUCAGAUUUUAAUGUCUAGAUUGAUCUUUUCCAUAUGUUUGUUCCAUCGCAUGCUAAAACAACAACGAAAUAUCUCUCCAAAGCGGGUAGAAAUAUAGUGGGAAAUCGAUGUUUAGAUAAAUUUAACAAAUAUUUAUAUAACAUAGCACGAAAUAUUAAGAAAAGAUCAAAGAGAUUUAAGAAAAAAAACUUUAAAUCGAGCAGUGGCGUAUACACGUUCUCUGUACAUGUCCUUAGUUUCAACGAAAAACUUUACUUGAAUUGAUCGUACUAACGUCAUAUUUUGGUUUUUUAUACUUCUAAUUAAUCAAUGAUUCGUGUAAACUUGCUUGCGUUGUUUUCAACGCUAAUAAUAUGUGGAUUUUGUGGCAAGGAUUUUGUAUCGUUGGGCCGUCACUCGUGGCGCUGUAAAAGCAAAGUGGAAUAUGGGCAAGAAACCAGAGUAAAUGCUAUUCCUGCUAUAGAAAUCCCUUCACAAGAAGGUUUGCCGGUUAAAUCUUACAAGGCUGUUAAAUGUUGCUGUGGUAAAGUCUGCAAAGGGGCGCGCGGUCUUAAAAUGCACCAACGAAGCUGCAGAGUUAUUGAUGACCUUGAAGACGAGCUACAACAACAAAUGUCGGAAGUAUUAAAUGAACAUCAGAAUGAGGAUAAUGUAGACUCAGUUAACCCUGAAAUAUCACAUAUAAACACGCAAGAAAACUUCCCUGACUUAAAAAAAGGAAUCAAACUACCCAAAUCGCCAUUACAAUGGUCAACUGCUAACGACUUUUUCAAACUAACUUUUUCAAAUCUUCCAAUCACACCGCGGGAUUUAAAUAAUAACAUUAACACCAUGGCAACAGUCGUCUAUAACUAUUUCAGCGAGAAUUUUGGAUAUGUCAACAAUCAUAAUGAUGUUCAAUACCAAAGAAAAUAUGAAAGCUUUUCAACUAAAGAUUUGAAAAAUUCAUUAAAGAAAUUAAAAUUAGAAAACGGAGAUAUCUUGGAGAUCAAGUUUGUCGCAAAGAAACUGCGCAACCUUCUUAAUAAGUCUAAUAUUACAGACCCAAAUAACACUGAUAGUCAUGCGUCUGCAAAUAUUGAUCACGACAGUCUGAUUGGUCUAAUAUUACAGACCCAAAUAACACUGAUAGUCAUGCGUCUGCAAAUAUUGAUCACGACAGUCUGA